AUGGCUCCCAAGAUCACAUCCAAGAACCUGUCCUACGACUCGUCCGCGCCGCCGUUCCUGGCCGCGCUCCGGGCUCAAGCCGCCGGCGGUCCGGGCCCCGACCCCCUCCUCGCCGCGCAGCGGAGAUCGGCCAAGAAGCGAUCCAGCAGCGAGGACGCCGAGGAUGUGCCUCUGGUGGUCGACGAGGACGGCAACGUCGUGAGCCACCUCGAGGUGGACAAGGACGGCGUCGUCGUCAAGGAUUCGCAGGAUCACGGCCUUGAUGGAUCAGCAGCUGCAUUUGAAAAGGAGACGACCAAGGAGUCGGAGAGCAAAGUCUCCAUUGGUGGACGGAAACGCAAAGUUGGAAAGGUCAUUGGCGACGCUGCGGGCAAGGGAGGAAAGCAAGGCGAUGCCAAAGAAGGAACCAAGGACCGCAAACCCAAGAAAAAGCCGAAGAAGAUCAAGCUUAGCUUCGACGAGGAUGAAGGCUGA